AUGGCUUCCAAUUUUAAUGACAUAGUGAAGCAAGGGUAUGUAAAGAUUAGGAGCAGACGUUUAGGUAUUUAUCAGAGAUGCUGGUUAGUAUUCAAGAAAGCUUCAAGCAAAGGGCCAAAACGACUGGAGAAGUUUUCAGAUGAGCGUGCUGCCUAUUUUAGGUGCUAUCACAAGGUCACAGAACUCAAUAAUGUGAAGAAUAUAUUACGACUGCCAAAAAGCACGAAGAAACAUGCUGUAGGCAUUUAUUUUAAUGACGACACGUCCAAAACCUUUGCUUGUGAAUCAGAUUUUCUGGGCAUUUAUACAGAACUCGAGGCGGAUGAGUGGUGCAAAGUGCUGCAGAUGGAAUGCCUAGGAACUCAGAUUAAUGACAUAAGCCUUGGAGAGCCUGACUUGUUGGCGUCUGGUGUAGAAAGGGAGCAGAGUGAGAGAUUCAAUGUGUAUUUAAUGCCAUCCCCUAAUUUAGAGGUGCAUGGGGAAUGUACCUUGCAGAUAACAUUUGAGCAUAUCUGUCUUUGGGAUAUCCAGAAUCCCAGAGUAAAACUCAUCUCUUGGCCAUUAAGUGCCCUCCGGCGGUAUGGACGAGACCCAACUUGGUUUACGUUUGAAGCAGGGAGGAUGUGUGACACUGGGGAAGGACUAUUCAUCUUUCAGACAAGAGAUGGGGAGGCGAUCUAUCAGAAGGUUCACUCAGCUGCUUUGGCCAUAGCAGAACAACAUGAGCGCUUAUUACAGAGCGUGAAAAAUUCAGUGCUUCAAAUGAAAAUGAGUGAGCGAGCCGUCUCCCUCAACACCAUAGUGCCCUUGCCUCGGAGUGCCUACUGGCAGCACAUUACACGGCAACACAGUACGGGCCAGCUCUACGGCCUACAAGAUGUUUCAAGCCCCCUGAAGCUUCAUCGAACAGACACUUUCCCCACUUACAGAUCAGAGCAUUGA